AUGUUUUUUGAAUUGGUUUUUUUAUUUGGAAUAAUUGUUGGGGAGGAAAUUGUUUAUAGUGUGAGUAGUGCAUGUCGAUGUUAGUAAAUAUAGAGUGAAGCUGAUUGCAACUUUAAGUGUAAAUGGAAUACGGAUAAAUAGAAAUGCUAUGAUAAAAAAUGUUAUGAAAUAAUGGAUGAGGAGGCAUGUUUUAGUAGGGAUUGUAAUUACAUAGACGGUUAGUGUUAGAACUUGGAUAGUUGUAGUGACAUAUAGGUUAAAUUCUUUUGCAAUUCAAGUUCGAAAUGCAUUUAUGAUGAUUCGACGUAAAGCUGUAGGGAUGAAAUAACUUAAGAAUUGAAUUGCGAUUCUUUUUUUACUUAAAAUACUUGUUAAAAUAAUGUUGAUUCUAGUAAUAAUUAUUGUAUUUGGAUUGCUGGUGAUGUUGAUGAAGGAUAUGUCUAAAUACCUGGACAUGAUUAUGGUUCUUGUAAAAGCUAUCCAUUUCAGACUUGCGAUAGUGCAAACUUAGUCUUUAAUCCAAAAGAGUUGUGUGAAAGAAAUAGAAUUUCAUGUAGGUGGUUGAAUGAUAGUUGUUAACAAAUGGAUUGCCUUUACUUUGGGAGUGACGAGUAGCAAUGCAGAAAUAACUUUGCAUCUAUUAAGAAUGGGGAUAAGACUUUAUUAUGCAGUUGGAAUGCUGAGACGAAAUAAUGUGAAAAUGGGUUUGAUGUUUCAACGUUGGGAGAGUCUGAAUGUUAUAAUGAAAAUACUUUGUUUCAAUUGACAUUUGAUGAUUAGAAGAAGUAAUGUACAAAAUGCCCUGGGGUUGGGAUGAUUGUUAUGUGUAGUCUAUUAAUUUAAUUGAUAUUUUCGUGA